GGCAAUUCAUUUGAGUGCUGCUGGUAGCUGCAGUGCUGCUGCCCCUUUGACAAGUACACGGCGUGUGAAGUUCUGAUACGCCUCAAUCAGUUUCCGCACCGAUAGCACAAUUCGCAAUCAUGUCAGAGUUCGGGAACAAUCUGGAGGAAGAUCCUGCGGCUGAAUUCCUCGCCAGAGAGCAGGCGGAUCUUGCGGGAAUCGUGGACGAGGACGUGACAGCAGCCAUCAAUACUGAGCAGCUGCAGCAAACAAAUGGUCACGAAAACGAUGAAAUAAUGAACCAUGGUCUGCCGGAAACCAAUGGGAUCUCGGCUCAUCCGGCUGUUCCUCGCGAGGAGCCGGAGAAAAUACGCAAGUGGAGAGGCGAACAAAAGAAGCUGAUUGAACAGAAAGAUGCCCAAGAGGAGGUCAGAAAGAAAGAAUUGCGAGAAGAGGCGCAGAAAGAGCUCGAGGAGUGGUACGUCAGAUACAGGGAACAAAUCGAGAAGGCCAAGCAAACCAACAGGGAAUUAUCCAAAAACGCUGAGAAGGAGUACGUUGCGGAAAAAUCAUCGAAGGGAGAAGAAUGGGAAGGUAUUGCGAAAAUGUGCGAUUUCAAUCCAAAAUCAGCCCGGCAUACGAAGGACGUAUCGCGGAUGAAAUCGAUGAUCCUGCAGUUGAAACAGGCCCCACCCAACACCACGUCGAAGGCGUAGAAACCUCGGAUCGGGAAACUUUUUUCAAUCUUAGAGUUCCUUGUGUUCGAAGUAACUCGCAAUCAUAACCAGACUGAAUUCGUCAAGUGAAUAUGAUAAGAGCCAAAGUUUACUAGACUAAUACGUCUCCUACGUAUUACCCAAUAUUCUAAAAUUUUCCCGCCUCACGGAGUGCUCUUAAAUUUGUGCAACAGUCUCUAGCGUAAAUCGAAUUACUGAAGAAAAUAAAUGACUUCGACAGCGUUUUUCACGACGUAAUAUAACAA